CAUAAGCAGAAGCAAAACAACACAGAAGGAGGAGGAAUUCUGAAAGAGAGGAAAUUAAAGAAGGAAGAAAAUGGCAGGGAUGCAACUGGCAAGAACGGCGGUGAUGAGCGUGUCGAGGGUUUUCCCGAGAGGCAAAGCUCCGCCGCCGUCUCUCGGAACAGAUACAGCCACCCGAGGAGAAUACAUAAUCUCAUGCAUACCACGCAGAGUCUCCUCGCGUGUUUGCUUCGCCUCCUCCGUUAGCCGUCCUGAGGGGAGAGAUCCAGUGGAAAAGGCUGGAGAUUCAAGGGCCGAUUUGGCUUACGAGUCCAAGAACUGGAGGGACGACGACAAGGCCAGAGGAAGCAUCAGAGACCCGAGCGAGUACGCUCAAGCGGCCAAGGACAAGACCAGAGAAGGAGCGAGCAAGGCUGCAGAUAGAGCAUAUGAAGCCAAAGACAAAGCAGGAGAGAAACUGGGUGAAGCGAAAGACAAGGGCAAGGAUUACGCUGAACGGACAAAAGAAAAAGCCGAUGACACCGCUUACAAAGCAGCCGACAAAGCAAAACACGUGAGAGAUAGAGCCAAAGAUUAUGCAGAGGACACCAUGGACAAGGCUAAGGUAAAGGCCAAGGAAGGGAAGGACAGAGCAGAAGACAUGAGAGAUAGAGCCAAAGAUUAUGCAGAGGACACAAUGGACAAGGUUAAGGUGAAGGCAAAGGAAGGAAAGGAGAGAGCAGAAGACAUGAGAGAAAGAGCCAAAGAUUGUGCAGAGGACACCAUGGACAAGACUAAGGUGAAGGCCAAGGAAGGGAAGGAGAGGGCAGAAGACAUGGCUCAUGGGUUUAAGGAGACAGUGAAGGAUAAGGCUCAGGACGUUGGGGAGAAGACGAAGGAGACAGUGAAGGAGGCUUGGGAGACGGCCAAGAACACUGCCCAGAGGGUGACUGAAGCGGUGGUCGGACCGGACGAUAACGAAGAUGCAGAUAAGGUCGUGGAAGAUUUGACCAAGAAGGAACGGAAAGACAAGAAGUUCUGAAUUUCGCUGAUAUCAAUAGACAAAUGUUAAAUUUUCUGUGUUUUGUUUUUGUUUCUGUUCAAUGCUUUAUGCUGUAAUAACCUUACAAUAAGCCUUUAUGCUUCAACUCUGAGAAGCAUGAGUUAUGGUACCAUACAAAACUAAUACAUUACCCAAUGAUCCAUUCCUGAUUU